ACCUACAGCGAGAUGUUCGAGAUGUACACUCUGGCCAGGUCACGGGUGUUUCUUUACGUGUGGCUGACGCAUUAUUCCUUCAGACUGUGCGCGAUCGUGUUGACGACGCAUUUCACGAUGAAACAGGUGUUCUCAUGGGUUUCGCGUCUGCCUAAUAGUUUUAAACUGCACGCGUAUAGAACAAAAUCGAUAGUAUCUGACACAAACAAUCGAAUUUUAGACAUCAGCACAAAGGAAGAAUUGCACUUAUUUUCCAAUCAAAUAUUACGUCGUUCAAUGGAAUUCACAACCUGCGAUGUUUUCACAUUAAACGCUCACUUCAUUACUUCUACUAUUUUUGCAGUUAUAACAUAUUUCAUUGUGUUGUUUCAAUAUGUUCGCUAAAUGAAAGAAAAUGGAAAAAU